CCUGACUCUAAGCUUGUUUUCACUUCUCUGUCAUUCUCACUUCAAGGCUUAUCUUUGUUAAACAGAAAGCUACUUUCCCAAGUCCAUAAUGACUUCCAAGGUCAAGGUUGCUGCGAUUCAAGCUGAACCUGUCUGGAAUGACUUACAGGGCGGGGUUUCCAAGGUCAUCUCACUGAUCAAGGACGCCACCAAAAAUGGCGCCAAUGUGGUCGGUUUUCCGGAGGUAUUCAUCCCUGGUUAUCCAUGGAGCAUCUGGGCCAACUCGGCCAUUGAGAAUGUGUCCUUCAUGAACGAAUACUUCGAAAACUCCAUGGAAAGGGAAUCGGAGGAGAUGGAGCGCAUCAAGGUGGCUGUCCGCGAAGCGGGUGUGUUUAUCGUUCUGGGCUAUAGUGAACGGUACCGAGGAUCAUUGUACAUUGCCCAGUCAUUUAUCGACCCUACUGGUACCAUCGUCCACCACCGACGCAAGAUCAAGCCGACUCAUGUCGAGAGGAGCUAUUGGGGAGACGGACAAGCAGACUCCCUUAAAACGGUAGCCCCCAGUGCUUUUGGGAACAUUGGAGGACUUAAUUGUUGGGAGCAUACCCAACCGCUUCUACGGUACUACGAGUAUGCUCAAAACGUUGACAUCCAUGUUGCAAGCUGGCCUUGCUUGUGGAACAUUCCAUCUUGGACCUAUCAUACUUCAGAUGAAGCAAGCAGCCGUUUCAGUCAAGUUAUGGCCAUGGAGGGUGCUUGUUUUGUUCUUGUUUGUACUCAAAUCCAGACGCAGGAGGGGAAGGUCAGGUCCAAGUUGCCGGACUUUGACUGGAUGAAGCUUCCCGGGGGAGGUUUUACGGUGAUAUUUGGCCCUGAUGGAGUUCCGUUGACAGAACCAUUGGAUCCUGGAGUGGAAGCGAUCGUGUAUGCGGAUAUUGAUCUGAGAGAUCGGAUCAAGGCGAAGCAGAACCUCGACACUGUUGGACAUUACUCUCGUCCUGAUCUUCUAAGUCUGCGGGUCACGACUGAAGCUGCAUCCCCUGUUCACUUCAACUAACACUAAACUGCUAAAGUACAACAUUUAUCUUAUAUGGAACAAUAGUAUAAAUGAUCAUUACAGGUUGUAUAAUCUCACCCAAUAUGCAAUGACUUAUCCAUGCAGUUCCAUUCAGAAACUACUUUAUAGUAGCAAUACUACAUUCUAGUAAUUGUCACGUUUCAUAUACCUAAGCUACUCGGAUCUCGUCAUAGCCCUUUACUCUUUGCAGAGCUUCGAGUGGGCU